GGCGACCGCGGGUCGACCCCGGGCCGGAAGUGACGGAACUGCUCUGAGCACUUCCGGAGCUGCUGAGACGGCUUCGCCGGAGGAAGCAGCGCGGGCCUUCACCGGGGUUGGCCCGCCGCCUCCGCCGCCGCCGCGCCUGGACCCGGUUCUUCUGGCCCGGCCCGACCCGGUCUGGCCCGCCCGGGCUCAGCGGCCGCGGGGCCACGGCUCCCGAUGGAAAUUAUAUAGACUAUUUGGAUGACAUCUUCCUGAAAGAUCUUCAGGAAUUACAGAAGACAAAAACACUAAUGCAUUUGAGAAAGUGGUAAAGUUUGUGGGGAGGGGAAAAAACUGCUUUCCUGAUCUGCAACUCAUCUGGAUGUUAAGAUGUCUGUGGACAUGAAUAGCCAGGGGUCUGACAGCAAUGAAGAGGACUAUGACCCGAAUUGUGAGGAAGAGGAAGAGGAUGAGGACCCUGGGGACAUAGAGGACUAUUAUGUGGGCGUAGCCAGCGAUGUGGAGCAGCAGGGGGCCGAUGCCUUUGAUCCUGAGGAGUACCAGUUCACCUGCUUGACCUACAAGGAGUCCGAGGGUGCUCUCAAUGAGCACAUGACCAGCUUAGCCUCUGUCUUAAAGGUAUCUCAUUCAGUUGCUAAACUUAUAUUAGUUAAUUUCCACUGGCAAGUCGCAGAGAUAAUGGACAGAUACAAGUCUAAUUGUGCUCAACUGCUCGUUGAGGCUCGAGUUCAGCCCAAUCCGUCGAAACAUGUCCCCACAACCCAUCCCCCUCACCACUGCGCAGUGUGUAUGCAGUUUGUGCGGAAGGAAAACCUACUGUCUCUGGCCUGUCAGCACCAGUUUUGCCGCAGCUGCUGGGAGCAACACUGCUCAGUACUUGUCAAGGAUGGCGUGGGUGUGGGUGUCUCUUGCAUGGCUCAGGACUGCCCGCUUCGAACACCAGAGGACUUUGUGUUUCCAUUGCUGCCCAAUGAAGAAUUGAGAGACAAAUACAGACGCUACCUCUUCAGGGACUAUGUGGAGAGUCACUACCAGCUCCAGCUGUGCCCUGGUGCAGACUGCCCCAUGGUUAUCCGGGUACAGGAGCCCAGAGCUCGCCGAGUACAGUGCAAUCGGUGCAACGAGGUCUUCUGUUUCAAGUGUCGUCAGAUGUAUCACGCCCCCACAGACUGCGCCACAAUUCGGAAAUGGCUCACGAAGUGUGCAGACGACUCUGAAACAGCCAACUACAUUAGUGCUCACACUAAAGACUGUCCCAAGUGCAACAUCUGCAUUGAGAAGAAUGGAGGCUGCAAUCACAUGCAAUGCUCCAAGUGUAAACACGACUUCUGCUGGAUGUGUCUAGGAGAUUGGAAGACCCACGGCAGCGAGUACUAUGAGUGCAGUCGGUACAAGGAGAACCCUGACAUUGUCAAUCAGAGCCAGCAAGCCCAGGCCAGGGAGGCCCUCAAGAAGUACUUGUUCUACUUUGAGAGGUGGGAGAACCACAACAAGAGCUUGCAGCUGGAGGCACAGACAUACCAGCGGAUUCACGAGAAGAUUCAGGAGAGGGUCAUGAAUAAUCUGGGGACGUGGAUCGACUGGCAGUACCUACAGAAUGCUGCCAAGCUUUUGGCCAAGUGUCGAUACACCCUGCAGUACACGUACCCAUAUGCAUACUACAUGGAGUCUGGACCCAGGAAGAAGCUGGCCCUGCCCCGGCUACAGCCCCUUCUCCUUUUGACCCUCCUGCUCUACCCAUACAGUUUGAAUACCAGCAGGCUCAGCUGGAGGCUGAGAUCGAAAACCUGUCAUGGAAGGUGGAACGUGCAGACAGCUAUGACAGAGGGGACUUAGAGAACCAGAUGCACAUAGCAGAGCAGCGGAGGAGAACCCUGCUGAAGGAUUUCCAUGACACCUAGGUUGGGACAUGGACGUGCCAGAGUGAGGAAGAUGUGGCUGCGAGGUCUCCCGGCUGCUGUACUGCAUGCUGCAGGCUCUGCCUUUCACAACCCCAGGCAACAGCCAGGGCCCCACUCCUGAGAGACACUGGCCACACACCUCUUAGUCGAUUUCUGGUUUUUUUUUUUCCCUCAUCUUUUGCUUUUUGUUUUUCCCAGGGUAGAGGCCAUGUUGAAUUGGCCUCUUCUCAGGACCUUUAAUUCCCCCUGGAUGGUUGUUGGGAGGGAGGGAAAGUUUUUUUUUGAAUGACUAUUAAUAGGAUUAGAUCAUUACAACUUAUAAUUUUCAAAGGUUGUACAAUUAUACAAAAAAGAGGGGGCAAACAAACCAUAGAAUUACACAGAACCCUUUUUAAAAAUAAAUUGGCAUUGGAGUGUUUUAACCUCUAGCUAUUUUACUUAGAAUGUAACAUAUGCUGCCCGCUCACCUUGCCUCAGAAUCUCUACUGCAAGAGGGCCCCGGUGGUCUUUGCUUGCCAGAUUCAUAUGUGUUUGGCCACAGCUAGAGUCCCAAGGGAAGAGCAUGGGUGGCAGAUGGUGGGAAAUUAAGUUGGCCUGAGUUAUAGGCAUGGAGCGCAGGGAAUCACAUCGUGCCUCCUGUCUGGUCCUUGUAGACCCUUUUGUGGUCAGGUGCACUGCCUUACGUUGGCAGUGAGGAGACAAUACAGAACGGAGUCUUGCCAUGGGGUGUCAUCCUGUCUGAUGGCACUGUGUGUCUGUGGACUCAUCUUAAUUCUUGAAAGUGAGCUUUACCUGGGUCUGGCUACUCAGGCCAGAGCCCACAGCAGAACACGUAGGUGGGCUUGUGGCCCUCCAGACCAGGGGAUGUGAGUUCAGCACAGUUUUCUUUUGUUUUCUAAAGAUAGAGAUCCACUUUUAAAGGGGAUUGUUCCCCCAAAUAAAUUUGUUUUACCUUGGUUCCUUCUUUUGUGCCAGUGUUCCCGUGGUGUGACUCUGACCAGGUUCACACACAGCCAUACCUGACACUGUCCUGCUACACUUUCCUCUGGUGAACGUUAGGGUCAGAGUUCAGCAUGGUCCUCCCAAGGAUGGACUCUGGUCUGCCUGGCUCAGGGACCUUGUUUGCACAAAUUGUUUUCAUGUUAACCUGGAGUGUAUGUCUCCAUUACCCACUCUAGGGGUUGGUUGCGCUCCCCCUUGCCUGGUUUCAGCUAUUGGAGGACAGCACCUCUAGGGUCUGGGAGUCUGAGGCCAGCACGGUUCUUGAUUUGUGGUCCCAGCUCCUGUACCACAAGGGGCGGGCCAGGGAAAAAGGCCAGCUUUUUCACAGUGCAGAGGAACAAGUGGUUUGCAUGGUGUCCUACCUGUCCUGAACCUGGUCCUGUGGGCCUUUCAGAAGUUACAUCUGUGAUUCUUGGGGUUUCUAUGGCUUUUUUCAGUGCCUCCACUCUGAGGCCGGCAGAGUUGUCCAUACUCGAUAGGGCCUCCUUGACCUCCUGGAAGAGUUGCUUAGGAGAUCUGUGAAUAAAUAUUGUGUUGGAAAUUCUUUGAUAUUCAAACAUUUUCACCUCAGUCGGUAAUUUCCCAGGUACCAUGUAAGCUGUAAACUGAAUCACUCUUGAAGGCAGAGGACAGCUGUAACUCUUGGAGUCAUGGGGUACAUAGUCGGCUGCAGGCUCCCUUUCUCCCCAAUCAGAUUUUGCCUCUUCCUGUCAUCUCCUGCAAGGAAAGGACCACGGGGUGGAGCGGUAGGACAAGUUAGGAGUAUAGCGGAUGAACCCAGAGUUGGACAGUGCUGAGCUAACUGAAGGAGAAGAGUGCCUGCUGCGGGACCUAGGGGUGGGGUGUGACUGUUGCAUUGGCCCAUGGAAGAUCCUGGUGUCUGGAGCUUUUACCUCUGCAUUGAGUCCUUUCUGUGUCACCGCCAUGGCAGCGGCAGGAGCUGAGUUGCAGCUCUGCACCUUAAGUCACACCCUCGGCACCCUGGGCAUUUUUUGGACUGCACAGCUACCACAUAGUGCAUUUGCAUCCAGCUGUGGCCCCAACCACUGGAGCUGCAGGAGGUUCUGUGCCCAGACUGCAGCCUGCAGCCCUUGAUCUGCAGAGAGCUUUCUUUCAUGCCUCAAGUGGCUGUCUCUUGUUAACAUCAGGAAGAUAGAAAAGGUCAGGCAGAAUUUUUCUGCCCUGCAAAGGAAGGCACAGUGUUUUCAUGAAUUUACCAUGUAUCUUUGUUUUCUUCAAAGAAAAAGUUGAGGUGAUGUCAUCUGCUCAACCUUGAGUGGUUUAUUCAAAAUAAACUGCAAGUUUCUGAUUAUAAAA